AGGGGAGGGUGAUGGAGGGGGGCAGCCUGUGUGAAGGAGUGGCUCACUUCUACAAACAUGGCGCCACGGCUGGAUGUGAACGGUGUAAAUGUGUAACAAGGUGCCUGCCCCUCCCUCAUCCACCCUCCAUCCCUCCUACUCUCAUCUGCUGUUGGGGAUACGAUCCAAAGAGGAGAGAGAAGCCGGGGAGAGCCUUGCCUCCUUGUCACUCUCUCACAACACCGUGAGAGCACAGGACGCAUGCUGUCCUCCAGUACACCCACACACACUAGCACGGAGAGUGAGAGACACUGAGGCAGAGUGCGAAAGAGAAAGAGGGGUACAGGAACGAGGAAACUAAAAGAGGGAGGGACAUAGCAAAGCCAAAUCCUGACGGGAGAAAACUGAAGGGUUUUCUGUUUUCUCCUGAGGAGCUGCGAAUAACCCUCGGUGAAAGAUGGCAGAAGGGGGAGAGGGAGAGGAGGAGAUUCAGUUCCUGCGAACGGAUGACCAGGUAGUUCUGCAGUGCACUGCCACCGUCCUGAAGGAACAGAUUAAACUGUGUCUCUCCUGCGAGGGCUUCGGGAACCGUCUCUGCUUCCUUGAAACCACAUCCAACGCUCAGAAUGUGCCCCCAGACCUGGCCAUAUGUUCCUUCAUUCUGGAGCAGUCUCUCUCAGUCCGUGCUCUGCAGGAGAUGCUGGCCAACACCGUGGAGAUGACCGAGGCAGUCGAUUUGGACAAAUGGUCGUCCCAGGGUGGAGGUCACCGCACUUUACUGUAUGGUCAUGCCAUCCUUUUGAGACACCACCACUCAGGCAUGUACCUGAGCUGUUUGACUACAUCUCGGUCCCUCACGGACAAGCUGGCCUUCGAUGUAGGCUUACAAGAGGAUUCCACCGGUGAGGCAUGUUGGUGGACUAUUCAUCCAGCUUCUAAACAAAGGUCAGAAGGUGAAAAGGUCAGGGUGGGUGACGACCUCAUCCUUGUCAGUGUGUCCUCUGAGAGAUACCUGCAUCUGUCCUACGCCAGUGGAGAUCUCAUGGUGGACGCUUCCUUCAUGCAGACUCUUUGGAACAUGAAUCCAAUUAGUUCAGGCUGUGAACUAGCUGAGGGUUAUUUAACAGGAGGUCAUGUUCUCAGGCUUUUCCAUGGCCACAUGGACGAAUGUCUGGCCAUCGCUACACCAGAGGAAGGAGAAGAAAAGCGCAGGAUGGCUCAUUAUGAAGGCGGUACUGUGUGCAGUCAGGCUCGAUCCCUGUGGAGGCUGGAACCCCUCAGAAUCAGUUGGAGUGGUAGCCACAUGAAGUGGGGACAGUCUUUUCGUAUUCGCCACAUCACGACGGGCCGGUACCUGUGUCUUGAUGAGGAAAAGGGCCUCUUGGUGGUCGAUCCCGAGAAGGCGAACACCAAACUGUCUGCUUUCUGCUUCCGUGCUUCAAAGGAGAAGGUGGAGGUGGCUCAGAAGCGUGAUGUUGAGGGGAUGGGCAUUCCAGAGAUUAAGUAUGGAGAGUCCAUGUGCUUUGUCCAGCAUGUGUCUACAGCCCUGUGGCUCACAUAUGCUGCCCUGGAUGCUAAAGCUGCUCGUUUGGGAAUGAUGAAAAGGAAGGUUAUUCUGCACCAAGAGGGCCAUAUGGACGAUGCCUUGACUGUGUCCCGCUCUCAGACUGAAGAGUCACAGGCUGCUCGAAUGAUUUACAGCACCACAGGCCUCUUCAGGCAGUUCAUCAAUGGAUUGGACUCCCUCAGUGGGAAGAACAAGUCACCAGGGACAGGAUCACUUCCUCUGGAGUCGGUCAUCCUCUCUCUUCAGGAUCUCAUCUUCUACUUUCGCCCACCUGAGGAGGAACUGGAACACGAAGAGAAACAGACCAAGCUCCGCUCUCUCCGCAACCGGCAGAACCUCUUCCAGGAGGAGGGAAUGAUAACCAUUGUGCUGGAGUGCAUUGACCGCCUGAACGUAUACAACACUGCUGCCCACUUUUCUGAAUUUGCGGGAGAGGAGGCUGCUGAGUCCUGGAAGGAGAUUGUCAACCUCCUUUAUGAGCUGCUGGCUUCUCUGAUCAGGGGUAACCGAUCAAAUUGUGCAUUGUUCUGUGACAAUCUCGACUGGUUGGUCAGCAAGCUGGACCGUCUGGAGGCCUCCUCAGGUAUUCUUGAGGUGCUGUACUGUGUCUUAAUUGAAAGCCCCGAGGUUCUGAACAUCAUCCAGGAGAACCACAUCAAAUCCAUCAUCUCUCUCUUGGACAAACAUGGAAGGAACCAUAAGGUGCUGGAUGUCUUGCGCUCUCUUUGUGUGUGUAACGGUGUAGCUGUGAGGUCCAACCAGAACCUCAUCACUGAAAAUCUACUUCCAGGUCGUGACCUCUUGCUACAGACCAGCAUUGUAAACUAUGUCACCAGUGUAAGGCCCAACAUCUUCUUGGGUACAUGUGAGGGGUCAACACAGUAUAAGAAGUGGUACUAUGAGGUGAUGGUAGACCAUGUGGAAGCCUUUGUGACAGCACAGGCGAGUCACCUGCGGGUAGGCUGGGCUUUGACUGAAGGUUAUAGCCCCUAUCCUGGAGGAGGAGAAGGCUGGGGUGGUAAUGGUGUGGGAGAUGACCUCUACUCAUAUGGCUUUGAUGGACUGCAUCUGUGGUCAGGUACUGUGGCCCGCCAGGUGGCUUCGCCCAGUGCACAUACACUGGCUGCCGAUGAUGUUGUAAGCUGCUGUCUGGAUCUCAGUGUGCCCAGUAUCUCCUUCCGUAUUAAUGGCCACCCAGUUCAGGGAAUGUUUGAAAACUUUAAUGUUGAUGGCCUCUUCUUUCCUGUCAUUAGCUUUUCUGCUGGGGUCAAGGCUCGGUUCCUCCUCGGUGGUCGUCAUGGGGACUUUAAAUUCAUGCCCCCACCUGGUUAUGCGCCAUGCUACGAGGCUUUGUUGCCUAGAGAGAGGAUGCGUAUUGAACAUAUCAAGGAGUACAAGCAUGACUUUAAUGGUGUGCGCAAUCUUCUGGGUCCUACUCUGUCCCUCACUCAUACAUCUUUCACCCCCUGCCCUGUGGACACAAUUCAGAUUGUCUUGCCACCCCACUUGGAACGUAUCCGAGAAAAACUGGCAGAGAAUAUUCACGAACUCUGGGCUAUCACUCGUAUUGAGCAGGGCUGGACCUAUGGGAUUUUUAGGGAUGACAACAAGAAACUCCACCCCUGUCUGGUGGACUUCCAAAGUCUGCCUGAACCAGAGAAGAACUACAAUCUGCAGAUGUCUGCUGAGACUCUCAAGACUCUCCUAGCACUGGGUUGCCAUGUUGGUAUGGGUGAUGAGAAAGCGGAGGAGAAUCUAAAGAAAAUCAAGCUUCCCAAGACCUAUGUGAUGAGCAACGGAUACAAGCCUGCCCCGCUUGAUCUCAGCCAUGUCAAGCUGACACCAAACCAGAAUCAGCUUGUAGAAAAACUGGCAGAAAAUGGGCAUAAUGUUUGGGCGAGGGACCGAGUACGGCAAGGAUGGACCUACAGCAUUGUCCAGGACAUUGUUAAUAAGCGUAACCCUCGUCUGGUACCUUACAACCUGCUGGAUGAGAGAACUAAGAAAACCAACCGAGACAGCGUUAACAACGCUGUCCGUACACUCAUUGGCUAUGGCUACAACAUUGAGCCUCCAGAUCAGGAGAGCACUGGCCAUGGCCUUGAGAACACCCGUGGGGACAAGGUGCGAAUCUUCAGGGCAGAGAAGUCGUAUGCUGUCACCCAAGGAAAGUGGUACUUUGAGUUUGAGGCAGUCUCAACGGGGGAGAUGAGAGUGGGCUGGGCACGUCCUAAUGUCCACUCUGACACUGAACUGGGAGCAGAUGAAUUGGCCUACGUCUUUAAUGGCAAUAAGGCCCAGCGGUGGCAUAUUGGCAAUGAACCAUUUGGCCGCCAGUGGCAGUCUGGUGAUGUCGUUGGCUGUAUGAUAGACCUGACUGAGAUGAACAUCAUGUUCACACUCAAUGGAGAAAUGUUGAUCAGUGACUCAGGCUCAGAGAUGGCUUUCAAAGAUAUUGAAAUUGGGGAUGGUUUUAUUCCAGUGUGUACCCUGGGUCUAUCUCAGGUUGGAAGGAUUAAUCUUGGUCAAGAUGUCAGCAGCCUGCGCUAUUUUGCCAUUUGUGGCCUGCAGGAAGGAUUUGAACCUUUUGCCAUCAAUAUGAAGCGAGACAUCACCAUGUGGUUCAGUAAAAGUUUGCCCCAGUUUGGGCCUGUGCCUGCUGAUCACAACCAUAUUGAGGUCUCCCGUGUUGACGGGACCGUGGACAGCGCCCCCUGUCUGAAGCUGACGCACAAGACGUUUGGGUCGCAGAAUGCCAACACUGAUAUGAUGUUCCUUAGACUCAGCAUGCCUGUGCAGUUCCAUGAGACCUUUAAGAUCCCGGCAGGUACCACCCCUCUCACCCGUGCCCUUACUAUACCUGAGGAGGAAGUCGCAGUGGUAGAACCUGACUCAGAGUUUGAAGUUUUGAAAAAGUCUGCCAGUCGCAAGGAGCAGGAAGAGGACAAGAAGGACCCCUCUGUGCCUAAGGAGAUCUCCGUGGAAAAUGAGAAGGACACAAUGUCAGAAAAGGGAAAGAAAAAAGGAUUUUUCUCCAAAGCCAAGAAGGCAGCCAUGACACCUCUUGCCCCUCCUCCUGCUCCUCCAACGGUGCCACGUUUGGUGGAAGACGUGGUCCCUGAUGACAGAGAUGAUCCUGAGAUCAUCCAAAAUACCACCACUUAUUACUACUCUGUGAGGAUCUUUGCUGGGCAGGAGCCGUCUGGUGUUUGGGUUGGCUGGGUCACUCCUGAUUACCACAUGUAUGAUCAAAACUUUGACCUCUCCAAGGUCCGCAGUGUCACUGUCACAGUGGGAGAUGACAGAGGCAACAUACAUGACAGCAUGAAGCACAGUAAUUGUUACAUGGUGUGGGGAGGGGACCUGGUCAGCAAUCAACAGACCCGCUUUAGCCAGGAGGACAUGGUGAUUGGCUGCCUUGUUGAUCUGGCAACAGGUCUAAUGACUUUUAUGGCAAAUGGAAAGGAGAUUAAUACUUUCUACCAGGUGGAGCCGAACACCAAACUCUUCCCUGCAGUUUUCGUUCAGCCGUUCAGUCAGAACAUGGUGCAGCUAGAGUUGGGCAAACUCAAGAACAUCAUGCCUAUCUCAGCUGCGAUGUUCCACAGUGAACGUAACAAUCCAGUCCCUCAGUGCCCCCCGAGGCUGGAUGUCCAGAUGCUGACUCCAGUUAUCUGGAGUCGUAUGCCAAAUCACUUCCUCAAACCAGAGAUGGGCAAAGUAAAUGAGCGGUUAGGCUGGAUGGUGGAGUGUGUUGAACCUCUCAUCAUGAUGGCACUGCACAUCCCAGAGGAGAACAGAUGUAUUGAUAUCCUGGAGCUGUCAGAGCGUCAGGAUCUGAUGAAGUUCCACUAUCAUACACUCAUGCUCUACUGUGCUGUGUGCGCACUUGGGAACAACCGAGUGGCUCAUGCAUUAUGCAGUCAUGUGGAUGAAUCCCAGCUUUUCUAUGCUAUUGAGAACACCUACCUACCUGGACCUCUUCGCAGCGGCUUCUAUGAUCUGCUUAUCAGCAUUCAUCUGGAAUCAGCAAAACGGGCACGCUUGGGAACCAACAGGGAAUUCAUCGUUCCCAUGACCGAAGAGACCCUCAGCAUCAAGCUCUAUCCUGAUGCAAUAAAAGCCCACUCCUUACCUGGUGUUGGUCUCACUACCUGCUUACGGCCAAAGCUGCAUUUCUCAUCCAUCAAUUUUGUUGGCACAGACCCUGAUUUGUACACCAUUAGUCCUGUCUUUCCUCUACAGGAGCUGAAAACAAAGGCGAUUAACAUGUUACGAGAGGCUGUGCUGGAUGGUAGCCAGGCCAUGCGGGAUCCAGUAGGAGGCAGUGUAGAGUUCCACUUUGUCCCAAUCUUGAAGCUAAUCAGUACACUGCUUAUUAUGGGCAUCUUCAAUGAUGAUGACACCAAGCACAUUCUCAAGAUGAUCGAUCCCAAUGUUUUCAGUGGAAAGGAAGGGGAGGAAGCUGAAGAGGGUGGAGCUGCUGAAGGAGAAAUUGAGGAAAAGAAGGAGGAGGAAUCGGAAGAAGCAGCCGAAGACGAGCUUGAGGAUGAAGGGGUUGGGGAUGAGGAAGAGGAGGAGCUAAAAGAGCUGGAGAAACGAGAGGGUGGGGAGGAAGAGGCUGAGCCCAAGGAAGAAGGAGAAGAGGAGGAAAAGGACAAAGAAGAGGCUAAGAGAGGAAAGGUAGAUGGAGAGAAAGCAGAGGAAGAGAAGGAGUCAGAGGCAGUGGAAGCAGAAGCACAGGAGGAAGACGAGGGUCUGGAGGAAGGACUGCUACAGAUGACGCUGCCAGAGUCUGUCAAACUGCAGAUGUGCACACUCCUGCAGUACUUCUGCGAUUGCGAGCUGAGACACAGGGUGGAAGCCAUUGUAGCAUUCUCAGACCAGUUUGUCCAUGAUGUUAAGAGCAAUCAACGUGUCCGUUACAACCAGCUAAUGAGAGCCUUCACCAUGUCAGCUGCUGAGACUGCACGCAAGACCCGGGAGUUCCGCUCGCCUCCACAGGACCAGGUUCUUAUGCUAACGAACUUCAAACACUUGGAGGAUGAAGAUUCUCCAGUUCCCGAGGACGUGCGGGAAACACUGGCAGAAUUCCACAAUGACCUCUUGCUUCACUGUGGUAUACAUAUUGAGGAGGAACCAGAGGAGGAGGAGGUGGACACUUCACUGAGGGGCAGACUUGUUAGUCUGGUAGACAAGGUUAAAAGCCUCCGUAAGAAGAAGGAGGAGGAGGAAAAGCCAGAGGUGGAGGAAGAAGCAAAACCCAGCACCCUUCAGGAGCUGAUCUCCCACACCAUGAUCCACUGGGCUCAGGAGUCUUUUGUUCAGAACCCUGAGCUGGUGCGACUGAUGUUCAGCCUUCUACACCGACUGUACGACGGUCUUGGCGAGCUGAUCCGAGCACUGCCCAAAGCAUAUGCCAUCAAUGCCGUGUCCGUUCAGGACACCAUGGAACUACUUGAGUGUUUGGGACAGAUCCGAUCACUGCUCAUCGUCCAGAUGGGUCCUGAAGAGGAGCGGCUUAUGAUCCAGAGCAUUGGAAAUAUCAUGAAUAACAAGGUGUUCUACCAACACCCCAAUCUGAUGAGAGCUCUGGGUAUGCAUGAGACUGUGAUGGAAGUGAUGGUCAACGUGUUAGGUGGAGGAGGAGAUUCGAAGGAGAUUCGAUUCCCCCAAAUGGUGACCAGCUGCUGUCGUUUCCUGUGUUACUUCUGCCGUAUCAGCCGACAGAACCAGCGUUCUAUGUUUGACCAUCUGAGCUACCUGUUGCAGAACAGCGGCAUCGGCUUGGGCAUGCGUGGAUCCACACCCCUGGAUGUGGCUGCAGCCUCCUGUAUUGACAAUAACGAGCUGGCCUUGGCUUUACAAGAGCAGGAACUGGAAAUGGUGGUGACAUACUUGGCAGGCUGUGGACUGCAGAUGUGUCCAAUGCUCUUGUCUAAGGGCUACCCUGACAUUGGCUGGAAUCCUUGUGGCGGAGAGAGAUACCUGGAUUUCCUCCGCUUUGCUGUCUUCGUUAAUGGAGAAAGCGUGGAAGAGAAUGCCACCGUUGUGGUGCGUCUGCUCAUCCGUCGCCCUGAGUGCUUUGGCCCAGCCCUGAGAGGAGAGGGUGGUAAUGGCCUGCUGGCUGCAAUGGAGGAGGCCAUCAAGAUAUCAGAGGAUCCGGCAAGAGAUGGGCCCACUGUUAAGAAAGACAGGCGCUUCAUGUUUGGUGGUGAGGAACAGCACGAGGAGAACCGUGUGCAUCUGGGAAAUGCCAUCAUGUCCUUUUACUCGGCUCUCAUUGAUCUGCUGGGUCGCUGUGCCCCAGAGAUGCAUCUGAUCCAAGCGGGUAAGGGUGAAGCUCUAAGAAUCAGGGCCAUCCUGAGGUCUCUGGUGCCUAUAGAGGACCUGGUUGGAGUAAUCAGCUUACCUGUGCAGAUUCCAGCAUAUGGCAAAGAUGGCCAGAUUAUUGAGCCCAAGAUGUCUGCCAGUUUUGUGCCAGACCACAAGGCCUCCAUGGUGCUCUUCCUCGACAGAGUGUACGGUAUUGAUAACCAGGACUUCCUGCUUCAUGUGCUUGAGGUUGGCUUCUUGCCUGACAUGAGAGCUGCAGCUUCUCUGGAUACGGCGGCAUUCAGCACAACUGAAAUGGCCUUGGCUCUGAACCGCUACCUCUGUUCGGCUGUACUGCCUCUUCUUACAAAGUGUGCGCCAUUGUUUGCUGGAACAGACCACCGGGCCAUCAUGAUCGACUCCAUGCUCCACACAAUUUAUCGCCUGUCUCGUGGCCGAGCCCUUACCAAGGCUCAGAGGGAUGUUAUAGAGGAGUGUCUCAUGUCCCUCUGCAAAUACCUUCGACCCUCUAUGCUGCAGCAUUUGCUUAGGCGGCUGGUGUUUGACGUACCCAUCCUCAAUGAAUAUGCAAAGAUGCCUCUCAAGCUGCUGACCAAUCACUAUGAGCGCUGUUGGAAGUACUACUGCUUGCCAAAUGGAUGGGCGAACUUUGGGGUGACUUCUGAGGAGGAGCUGCAUCUUUCUCGAAAACUCUUUUGGGGAAUCUUCGAAUCGUUGGCACACAAGAAAUUUGAUGCAGAGCUCUUCAAGAUUGCCAUGCCCUGCCUCUGUGCUAUAGCUGGAGCCAUCCCCCCUGACUAUGUGGAUGCCAGCUACUCCUCUCACACUGAGAAAAAGGCCUCUGUGGAUGCUGAAGGCAACUUUGAUCCAAAACCAGUAGAGACCACCAACACUAUCAUCCCAGAGAGACUGGAUCCUUUCAUCAACAAGUAUGCAGAACACACUCAUGAUAAAUGGGCUUUUGAAAAGAUUCAGAACAACUGGACGUAUGGAGAGGUGCUAGAUGAGAAUGCUAAGACUCACCCGAUGCUCCGGCCAUACAAAACAUUCUCUGAAAAGGACAAGGAGAUUUAUCGUUGGCCCAUUAAAGAAUCCGUCAAAGCUAUGCUAGCAUGGGAGUGGACCAUAGAGAAAGCAAGGGAUGGAGAAGGAGAAGUCGAGAAAAAGGCCGCCGCCACCACCGCCACGCGCAAAAUCUCUCAAACUGCUCAGGCCACUUAUGAUCCGAGUCACGGAUACAGCCCUCAGCCAGUAGACAUCUCAGGAAUGGCCCUCUCCAGAGAGCUGCAAUCUAUGGCUGAACAGCUAGCAGAAAACUAUCACAACACCUGGGGCAGGAAGAAGAAGUUGGAGCUACAGUCCAAAGGUGGUGGUACUCAUCCUUUGCUCGUGCCUUAUGACACAUUGACGGCUAAGGAGAAGGCCAGAGACAGGGAGAAAGCCCAGGAUCUGCUCAAGUUCCUCCAGCUUAAUGGAUACGCUGUGACGAGAGGUCUAAAGGAUAUGGAACAGGACAUCUCCUCCAUUGAAAAGCGUUUUGCUUAUGGCUUCCUUCAGAAGCUUCUUAAAUGGAUGGACAUUGCCCAGGAAUUCAUCGCUCAUCUUGAGGCUGUAGUUAGCAGCGGUAGAGUGGAAAAGUCACCACACGAACAAGAAAUCAAAUUCUUUGCCAAGAUCCUCUUGCCGCUGGUAAAUCAGUACUUCAAGAACCACUGCCUGUACUUUCUCUCCACUCCUGCCAAAGUAUUGGGCAGUGGAGGUCAUUCCUCAAAUAAAGAGAAGGAGAUGAUUGCGAGUAUCUUCUGUAAGUUGGCUGCUUUGGUGAGGCACAGAGUAUCUCUUUUUGGAACGGAUGCCCCUGCAGUGGUAAACUGCCUGCACAUUCUCUCACGAUCACUGGAUGCCAGGACUGUUAUGAAAUCAGGCCCUGAGAUUGUGAAAGCCGGCCUGCGUCAGUUCUUUGAGAGCGCUGCGGAUGACAUUGAGAAGAUGGUUGAAAAUCUGAAACUGGGCAAGGUGUCCAGUCGAAACCAGGUUAAGGGUGUAGCACAGAAUAUCAACUACACCACCACUGCCCUGCUGCCAGUCCUCACUUCACUGUUUGACCACAUUGCCCAACACCAGUUUGGUGAUGAUGUCAUGAUGGACGACUUGCAGAUAUCCUGCUAUCGUCUAAUGUGCAGCAUCUACUCUUUGGGCACUGUGAAGACUCCACAUGUGGAGAAACAGCGACCAGCUCUUGGCGAGUGUUUGGCCCACUUAGCAGCUGCUAUGCCGGUAGCCUUUCUUGAACCAGUGCUAAAUGAAUUCAACUCAUUUUCUGUUUACACGACCAAGACUCCUAGAGAGAGAGCGAUUCUUGGUCUUCCCAAUCAAGUAGAAGAGCUGUGUCCUGACAUCCCAGAACUGGAGAUUCUGAUGAAAGAGAUCCAUGACCUGGCUGAGUCUGGAGCUCGCUACACAGAAAUGCCCCAUGUGAUUGAGAUCACCUUGCCCAUGCUGUGCAACUAUCUCCCGCGCUGGUGGGAGAGAGGCCCAGAGAACUUCCCCGAGCAGGACGGCCAGCUCUGCACCGCUGUCACCUCCGAGCAACUCAACCAGCUGCUGGGUAGCAUCAUGAAGAUUGUGGUUAACAACCUGGGUAUAGAUGAAGCCUCUUGGAUGAAAAGAUUAGCAGUGUUCGCUCAGCCCAUUGUCAGCAGGGCUAAACCAGAGAUGCUUAAAUCCCACUUUAUCCCAACCAUGGAAAAGCUGAAGAAGCGUGCAGCAAAGGUGGUGGCAGAGGAGGAUCAUCUGCGCAUGGAGGGCAAAACAGAGGUGGACAGCGAAAACGGGACCAUUCGAGAUGAGUUUGCUGUACUCUGUCGGGACUUGUACGCUCUCUACCCUUUGCUCAUUCGCUACGUGGACAACAACAGGGCAAGGUGGCUGACUUGUCCAGACCCAGAUGCAGAGGAGCUUUUCAGGAUGGUGGGUGAGGUCUUCAUUUUCUGGUCCAAAUCCCACAACUUCAAGAGGGAGGAGCAGAACUUCGUGGUGAUGAAUGAGAUCAACAACAUGUCCUUCCUGACUGCUGACAGUAAGAGCAAGAUGAGCAAGUCUGGCAGCUCAGAGCAGGAGCGUACCAAGAAGAAGCGACGGGGGGACCGCUACUCUGUGCAGACCUCCCUAAUUGUAGCAGCGCUAAAGAAGAUGCUUCCCAUCGGCCUCAAUAUGUGCUCUCCUGCAGACCAGGAACUCAUCAACCUUGCCAAGAUCAGAUACUCACUGAAAGACACAGAUGAAGAGGUGAGGGAAUUCUUGCACAACAACCUGCAUCUGCAAGGCAAGGUAGAGGACCCAGCAAUGCGCUGGCAGAUGUCUCUUUAUAAAGAGAUGUCUGGGAAAGCAGAAGAUGCCGAUGAUCCGGAGAAGGUGGUGAAGAGAGUACAAGAGGUGUCUGCUGUCCUUUACCACAUUGAAGUGACUGAACAUCCCUUCAAGUCAAAGAAAAUGGUUUGGCACAAGCUGCUGUCUAAACAGCGUCGCAGAGCUGUGGUGGCCUGUUUCAGGAUGACGCCUCUGUACAACAUCACCACGCACAGGGUAACCAACAUGUUCUUGGAUGCAUACAAACGCAACUGGUUAGAAACCGAGGGUUACUCAUUUGAAGACAAGAUGAUUGAUGACUUAUCAAAAACCAUGGAAGAAGAGGAGGAAGAGGAAGAGGAGACUGAGACGAAGCCUGACCCCCUUCAUCAGCUGAUUCUUCAUUUCAGCCGCACAGCUCUUACAGAAAAGCUUAAACUUGAUGUUGACCAUCUCUAUAUGUCAUAUGCUGAUAUUAUGGCAAAGAGCUGCCACAUUGGUGAGGAGGACGAAGGGGGAGAACAGGAGGGGGAGGAGCCAUCCUUUGAGGUGCGACAGACAGAGAUGGAAAAGGAGAUGGAGAAACAGAGGCUCUUGUACCAGCAGUCCCGUCUGCACAACCGUGGUGCUGCAGAGAUGGUGCUGCAAAUGAUCAGCGCCUGUAAAGGUGAACCUGGAGCCAUGGUUUCUUCUACACUCAAACUGGGAAUCUCCAUCCUCAAUGGAGGCAACAGUGAUGUACAGCAGAGGAUGCUGGACUAUCUGAAGGAUAAAAAGGAUGUGGGGUUCUUCCUUAGCAUUCAGUCUCUGAUGCAGACCUGCAGUGUUUUGGACUUGAACGCUUUUGAGAGACAGAACAAGGCUGAGGGACUUGGGAUGGUUUCAGAAGAAGGCACCAAUAAGAAGCUAGAACGUGAUGAGAAAGUGAUGGCAGACGAUGAAUUUACAUGUGACCUCUUCCGCUUCCUUCAACUUCUUUGUGAGGGCCACAAUAAUGAUUUUCAGAACUACUUAAGGACUCAGACAGGCAGCACAACUACUAUAAAUGUCAUCAUCUGCACUGUGGACUACCUUCUUCGACUCCAGGAGUCCAUUAGUGACUUUUACUGGUACUACUCAGGAAAAGACAUAAUUGAUGAGCCUGGCAAGAGGAAUUUCUCCAAAGCAAUGACUGUGGCCAAGCAGGUCUUCAACAGCCUGACUGAGUACAUCCAGGGUCCCUGUACUGGGAACCAACAAUCUCUGGCCCACAGCAGAUUGUGGGACGCUGUUGUGGGCUUUCUACAUGUCUUUGCUCACAUGAUGAUGAAACUUGCUCAGAUGCACCCCGAUCCUGGACAGCGAAACGGCGAUCAUUUUUGGAGUAGAUCACACUCUGAGGACUCCAGUCAAAUUGGUCUCUUGAAGGAGCUUUUAGAUCUGCAGAAGGACAUGGUAGUGAUGCUUCUGUCACUGCUUGAAGGCAAUGUGGUGAAUGGUACCAUUGCCAGGCAAAUGGUUGACAUGUUGGUGGAGUCCUCCAGCAAUGUGGAGAUGAUCCUUAAGUUCUUCGACAUGUUCCUCAAGCUCAAGGAUAUAGUGGCAUCUGAUGCGUUCCGUGAUUAUGUGACUGAUCCACGUGGUCUUAUUUCAAAGAAGGACUUCUCCAAGGCCAUGGACAGUCAGAAGCAAUACUCUCCGUCUGAAAUCCAGUUCCUCCUCUCGUGCUCAGAGGCUGAUGAGAAUGAAAUGAUCAACUUUGAGGAGUUUGCUGAUCGUUUCCAGGAGCCAGCAAAAGACAUCGGUUUCAAUAUUGCUGUUCUGCUCACAAACCUGUCAGAGCAUGUACCCCAUGACACUCGCCUUCAGAACUUCCUGGAACAAGCAGAGAGCGUGCUCAACUAUUUCCGCCCUUUCCUUGGCCGUAUCGAGAUCAUGGGGGCCAGCAGGAAAAUCGAACGCAUUUACUUUGAAAUCAGUGAGGAGAACCGCAAUCAGUGGGAGAUGCCUCAAGUCAGAGAGUCCAAGCGGCAGUUCAUCUUUGAUGUGGUCAACGAGGGUGGCGAGAGUGAGAAAAUGGAGAUGUUUGUGAACUUCUGUGAGGACACCAUUUUUGAGAUGAACAUUGCUGCAUCUAUCUCUGAGCCAGAGGGAGAUGGUGCAGAAGAAGAAGAUGAUGAAGAAGAAGAGGAAGGUGGAGGAGAUGAAGGAGAGUCUGGAGAAGGAGAUGAAGGGAAUGGUGAGGGUGAAGCUCCGGAGUCGGCUUCUGCCUUUGCAGAGUUUCUGAAGAGCGUGGUUAACUUCUUUAACAUGUUCACCUUCCGUAACCUCCGGCGUCGAUAUCGCAAACUUCGAAAAAUGACGGUAAAGGACAUGAUUAUCGGCCUGGUUACAUUCGUCUACACUGUCGUGAUGGGCAUCCUGAUUUUUGUCUAUAGUAUAUGCAAGGGUUUCUUCACACUAAUAUGGAAGGCACUGUUUGGUGGAGGCUUAGUAGAGGGUGCCAAGAAGAUAACAGUAACAGAGAUCCUGGCCAGUAUGCCUGAUCCCACCCAAGAUGAAGUUCAUGGGGACCUACCGCCUGAACCGGGUGCUAGGGAAGUCCAAGAUGCAGAUGGAGUGGCAGACCUCAUAGAUGCCGUGGGUGGAGAGGAGGAAGAAGAGGAUGGUGAGGACAGAGAAGGUGGACGGUUGCCUGGCUUUAAUACUCCUGGGGGACUUGGAGACAUGGGAGAGACAACACCAGAAGAACCUCCGACUCCAGAGGGCACUCCACUGUUGAAGAGGAAACUGCUGGCUGCUGCAGUAGGAGGACAAGGAGAUGAAGAAAAGGUUGAACACGAAGAAGAGGCUCCUCAGGAGACCGAGAAAGCAGACACCGAGAAUGGUGAGAAAACAGAGAAAGCAGAGAAAGCAGAGAAGGCAGAGCCUGAACCCGAGGUAAAGGAGGAAGAGCCUGAGGAACAAGAAGAGAUAAGUGUGAAGACCAAAGUGAAGAAGGACAAGAAAUCUGAUAAGGAGGGCUUUAAACUGUGGAAUGAGCUGGAGGUUCAGAGGAUUAAAUUCAUGAACUACCUUUCUCGCAACUUCUACAAUUUACGUUUCUUGGCCCUGUUCAUUGCCUUCGCUCUCAAUUUCAUCCUGCUCUUCUACAAGGUGUCUGACACGCCUCCAGGUGAGGAGGAGUUUGAGGGUUCUGGUCUCUUUGAGGGUUCUGGGAUUUUUGAAGGUUCCGGUGCUGAGGAAGACGGAUCAGGAUUAGAUGACGGAGGGGAAGAUGAUGAUGAAGAAGGUCCUUUGUACUACUUUUUGGAAGAGAGCACUGGCUACAUGGAACCAGCAAUGGCUUUCUUUGGUAUUGUUCACACCAUCAUCUCCUUCCUCUGUAUCAUUGGCUACAACUGCCUGAAGGUCCCUCUGGUUAUCUUCAAAAGAGAGAAAGAACUGGCCAGAAAGCUGGAGUUCGAUGGCCUCUAUGUCACUGAGCAGCCUGAGGACGAUGACAUCAAGGGCCAGUGGGACAGACUGGUGCUCAACACUCCAACCUUCCCCAACAAUUACUGGGACAAGUUUGUGAAAAGAAAGGUUCUGGAUAAAUAUGGGGACAUUUAUGGCAGAGAGAGAAUUGCGGAGCUGCUUGGUAUGGACUUGGCUUCUCUUGAUGUCAGCGCCAUGAGCCAUGGAAAAAAGCCUGAACCUGACACCUCAAUGUUCAGCUGGAUAACAUCUAUUGAUAUCAAAUACCAGAUCUGGAAGAAUGGUGUGGUCUUCACUGAUAAUACUUUCCUCUACCUGGUUUGGUACAUGUUGAUGUCUCUGCUUGGGCACUACAACAACUUCUUCUUUGCUGCUCAUCUUGUUGACAUUGCAAUGGGCGUGAAAACCCUGCGCACGAUUUUGUCCUCCGUCACCCACAACGGCAAACAGCUGGUGAUGACAGUGGGUUUGCUGGCCGUGGUGGUGUACCUGUACACUGUGGUGGCCUUUAACUUCUUCCGCAAGUUCUACAACAUGAGUGAAGACGAGGAUGAGCCGGACAUGAAGUGUGAUGACAUGAUGACUUGUUACCUGUUCCACAUGUACGUUGGUGUGCGAGCUGGCGGUGGCAUAGGAGAUGAAAUUGAGGACCCAGCUGGUGAUGAAUACGAGCUUUACCGCGUUGUCUUUGACAUUACAUUCUUCUUCUUCGUUAUUGUCAUCCUGCUGGCUAUCAUCCAGGGUUUGAUCAUUGAUGCAUUUGGAGAGCUGAGAGACCAGCAGGAGCAAGUCAGAGAGGACAUGGAGACAAAGUGUUUCAUCUGUGGAAUAGGGAGUGACUACUUUGAUACGACGCCGCACGGCUUUGAGACACACACUUUAGAAGAGCAUAACUUAGCCAACUACAUGUUCUUCUUGAUGUAUUUAAUCAAUAAAGAUGAAACAGAACACACAGGACAGGAGUCAUAUGUGUGGAAGAUGUACCAGGAACGAUGCUGGGACUUCUUCCCUGCUGGAGACUGCUUCAGGAAGCAGUAUGAGGACCAGCUUGGAUAAAGUCAUGCAUCUUUACUCUGCAUCCAAUGGAGAAAGAGAGGAGAGAGAAGAUAUGAAAUUUUAAGAUCAAACAUAUCUAUGUCUUAGUUUUGUCCUUUGCCUGCACAGUUCUCUCCUCUGUUAAAGCUAUGCACACUUUGACUGCACUGUUGUACCACCUGCAGCAGAAUGUUGUUGGAGCUUAUUUAAGAAAGGGAGAGUAAUAACCGUGAGGCAUAAGAAGAUACAAGAAGCCAGGGGCCUUUUUAUUCUGCUAUGACUACACUACAUGGCCUUUUUGUGAAAUAUACAUAGUUUGCCUUGCAUAUCAGUUGUGUCUUUUCAAAUGGGGCUCUUUCGUCGCUACUGCUGUAAACGUUUUAGUGCCUAUAGCAAAGCCACUGCUUCAGCAAUCUCGUUUAGAUUUUCAGUUUCAACACUUUUCUUUGAGAUAUUUUAUUUAUAUUAUUUGUAAAAUUAGGAUUUUUUUUUUUGUACAUGGCUGCUGCUGACUGGUAUUACAUGUCUGAUUGUUGGUGUUUCUGCAAUAAAAGCAGCUCGCAGUCAUUUUUCUGAGAUCCUUGAGAGGGCAGUAAAGAUAUUUGGCCGCCUCUCACUCUUUUUUCUCUCAAAGCUUGUCUUCGGAGAAGCAAUCGUGAAUAGAAACUUCUGAACUGACUUGCCAAAAUAAAAAAACACACUGACAUCAGUACAUGGCAUGUACCGGUGUGAAUCAGCUGUACAGACGAACCUACUUGGCACUCUUAAGUCUUACAAUGCAUCCCUGAAUGUAUGUGGUGCCCAAUCUCUGCUGGUGUUUCCGUGCCAUAUAAGAUAUCGAUGAUGUACACACACAUACACUAUAAGAGGAUGCCAAGGUUAUUUAUUCUUUAUAUGCAGAUCAGAUCUUCUGAAGACGACCGUUUUAGCCCGUCUGUAUUUCUGGCCAACAGUCUGUUUUAUGACAUUUUAUGCACAAAUAAGUUUUUGUCAGUGCAUUAAAAUAAGUAAUGAAUGUAUCUAACGUAUACACUUUGGCCAAAGCGUCAUCUGUAUAACUGAGGAAUGACUAGGCUGCCUGGACGCUUUUUGAUGAAAAGACAUAUUUUACUUAAACCAUAGAUACAUAUAUUUAUUUUUAUUUGGGGCUUUGAGGGAUUUAAAUGACCCUUGCUACUUUGUUGGACACGUGUGUCCUGUUUGUGACAUCCUCAGUGGUGAAGAGAAAUGGUCUUACACAGGUUAUAUGCCCAGUUUGCAGUCAGAAGAGAAAGUUAGCUUUUGUUUUUGCUAGUUAGGUUUUUAUGAUCAGUAUUUUUAGGAAUUCAACAUAUGAAUUAUUUUCUCAAUUUAAAAAAGUCAUGUGUGAUGCAUUGAUCUCAGACCGUUCUGUCUCACUAUGCCUCCUCCUGAACACAUAAAAACUCAUUUACUCUCCAUCUUGUAUUUAAUGUUAUUAUAUGUCAAAUACAGAGCAGUAUUUUGGUUGCUGAUGACUCUGAAGUGUGCAUUUGCCGCUGUAGCCCUAUCAGAAGCAGUUGAUGUUAUGGAACUGAAUAGAGAUCACUACUUUCCACUUGACUGAGUGUCCUCUGACUGAACCCUGUGUUUCAAUACAGAAUAAACAGACUAUUUUAAGGAGAA